AUGGCCAUAAUUCAUAUCAGUUUCUCUUCUUCAUCUGUUAUUUGCUUAACCAUCCUGUUCUUGUUCUCCAAUAAUGCAGUGAAUGGCAAGUCCCGGCCCUUGCUGGAGUCUUUGGGGUUUAAGCAUGAGAAGAUAACCCACCUUCACUUCUUCUUCCAUGACAUUGUUAGUGGUAGUAAUCCAACUGCAAUUAAGGUUGCCCAACCAAGCAGCACAAAAAACUCACAAUUUCCGUUUGGUACAAUUGUCGCGAUCGAUGAUCCAUUGACAGAAACGCCAGAGUUGAAUUCUACACUUGUAGGAAGAGCUCAGGGGCUGUACACAUUGGCGGCACAAAAUGAGUUAGCACUGUUGAUGACCUUAAACUUUGUUUUUACAGGAGGGAAGUACAAUGGUAGCACACUUAGCUUAUUCGGGAGGAAUCCGGUUCAAUCAGCAGUGAGAGAGAUCCCUGUGACGGGAGGGACUGGGAUUUUCCGAUUGGCUCGUGGCUACGCUCAGGCAAAGACACAAUUCUUCAACCUAACAUCCGGGGAUGCUGUGGUCGAAUACAAUGUCUAUGUCAUCCAUUACUGA